ACACUUGCGCCUCCUCCCUCUCGGACUCGACAUCGUACCUCGAAAAUUUAUCAAUACCCCCGUGCGCGAAUAGACCACCCGAGUGAGCAGCGGGCAGCGGCGCGAUCAGUAGUAGUCCGAUCCUCUCGAACUCACCCCGAAAUAUCAUUUCUACGAGACUCGAGAGAACGAAUCAAAUUAUUUGUUUGUUUUUUUUUCUACAAACUAAAUAAAACCACUUUCUGACGGUAUAAAGCAAAUUAGUGAUUAUAACCCGAAGAAACAAGGGCGCGUCUGACGUUUUUCGGUGCUAACUACUUUCUGCAGGAAAACCAAUUGCGACGAACAUGGCCACCGAGGGCGGUCUCGCACCGGAUGCUGCUGGUGCAGGGGCUAAUGGGGAAGGAAUCGUCGGGGGUCCGAGGACACCCCAACAAAUUGCGUCCCAGAAACGACUGCAACAGACACAGGCCCAAGUCGACGAAGUCGUCGACAUCAUGAAAACGAAUGUCGAGAAGGUCCUCGAGCGCGAUCAAAAACUCUCCGAACUCGACGAUCGAGCUGAUGCACUUCAGCAGGGAGCAUCGCAAUUCGAGCAGCAGGCAGGCAAGCUAAAGAGAAAGUUCUGGCUACAAAAUUUGAAGAUGAUGAUAAUAAUGGGAGUAAUUGGGCUCAUCAUACUGGCCAUCAUUGUCGCACACGUCACCGGCGGAGACGAGUCGCCUAAAUUCAUGCCGGAUUCGCCACCGGUUGCGCAAGCACCGCCGGUUUAUCAAUACGCACCACAACCCGGUGUCCAGCCGGGAGCUGCGCCAGGCGCUCCCGCGCCCCCCGCAGGAGCGCCCCAAACAGCACCCGCGGCUUUCGUCGGCUCGUCUCUCAACGGAAUUCGCAGCGUCAUGUAAAAAAAAAUCGGCAACCACCACCAACAACAACAGAUAAAAACGAGAUCAGAAAAGUGAAAAAAUACAACUGAAGCCCUCCGACUCUGCUUCGCGUCACUCCGACUCUAUUGUUAAUUAAGAAACCCAAAUAAUGGUCCCUCAUCAUCAGAGACGAGAAACUGGCCGCUUUCUUUCGUAUUACGCAAUCGACUCAAGGAACAACCAAAUAUAAUGCUCCGAUGGGACAUAAAUAAUAACGAGGAAACGUAAAUGCUAUUUUUUUCAAUCCAGACACACGUACACAUACACCGCGUGACGUAAACUUCGAUUCAUCGUCGAUAAAGAACUUUCGGGGUUUCCUAAAAUACUAUUAUAUUCAUUCAUGUGAAUAUGACAAAAAUAAAAGAGAAUAAUUAUUUCUUCAAAUGGUUAAGUCGAUCGCCUUUCGCGAUUCGACCCUCAUCCUGUAAUUCAUCGAGAAACGACAUCGCGAUAAAAAACAAUUUACGAAAAAAUCGAAUGACGGAAUGAGAGGUUACUCUAAAAAAAAAAAACAAACGUAAAAGACGAUCGCUUCUUACGAUCGCUUGAUAUACACAAUUUAUACGUGUGUGUUUAAUCCGCGUAUAUACACAUGUAUAUGUAAAUACUAUUACGAUAUUACGAAACGUCAAUGUAGGAGUACUAUAAACAAGAAAAGAGAAGGAAUAAUAAAGAAAAACGUAUGUUAUUGAACAUUACACACGUAAAACAAAUCGAAUGCUGAAUUCAGAGAGAAAUUAAUGAAUUAAACAAACACCGAUAAAACAAAAGGUCAAAUUUUGUGUGAAAAUUUUCAAUAGUGUUGACAUCACUUAACUGUAAAUGUAAUUGCGAGCAAUUUCAAUUCUAAUUAUGAAUUUUCAAAUCACUCUUCAAACACUUUUUUUCGAUCGGUUCAACACCGGUAUGUUUGCCGAAACAUUUGAACCAAUUGUCCUUUCUCUUCAGUUUUAUGUUGAAAUAUGAUUUUUCACAAACGUUCUCGUUCAUAUUAUUUAUAGAAGAGAAAUUAACAGAACGACUAGAAGAGGAGGAACAAAGUGGGAAACACUUCCGAAAAUAUAAAGGUGAUCGUUUCCCAAUUUUCCACAAAACACUCGAUUCACAGACACACACACACACCACGAAUAACGAGCAAUUCAAGAUAAAAUGAACCUGUACUUAUACCGACUUUUGUCCGUCAAUGCUAUUACUAUUAUUUUAUCUCAUUCCAUUGAUUAUUAGCGCGGACAAAGAAUGAAAGAGAGAGAAAGCUGUUAAUUUAAACAUUGACUAUAUAAACAAUGACGUCAACGUGGUAGGCCUACAAAGAUGCUUCGAUGUACGAUUUAUCAUUGUCAUUGUCAAACUAAAUAAUUAAUCGUCUCAAAAACCGUGAUUACGAUGGCUCUCAACUGCAAACGAAGCAACAAAAUGAACACACGAUAAAGAGAUACGAGAACAAAAAUAAAUGAGGCAUCCGUGAACGCUGAUCGGAUUCUUCAAUAUUUCUCAAUGAAUCUUCGUCAAUGAUAACAAAAUCAUUUCAUCCAUCGAAACGAUUAAUUAUUCCUGAGAAAGAUCGAAAAAUUUUCUUCGUUUCCGUUCCCGAGCGUACGCUAAACCGUCGUUGGUUGCUUUUAAUGAAAAUACAUACUUGAAAACGAUGAUAUAUAUCUAUACGAUUUAUAUAUAUAUAUCUACACAUACAUAUAUAUAUGAAUGUAUAUAAUAUUAUAUCUUAGGCUGAGAUUGAUAGAGAAAGAAAAAUCACGUUUCAAACACUUAUUUUUAAUGAAUUUUUUCGUUUUAUCCUACUUGAAAAAAAAACCAUUAAGACGAAACAAUGGGAAACGUUUUACUUCAAAGAUCGUAAUACGUUAUUUAAAGACAACAACAACAACAAAUAGGCGUCUUAUAUAUUAUUCAUGUAUAUUACUAUACUAGAUAUUUAAUGUAUAUUAGAGACAUGAGAAUAAAGUUAUGGAACGAA